UAUACGUCUAUUAUGCAAAGAGAAGUGGAAGGAAAAAGUGUCUUUUUAGCAGGAUAGAUGAUUUGAUUUGUCUUCAUUACUACACACUUUGAAUCAAGGGUGCAGCUCUAUUUUUAUGCUCUCCAUAUUUUCUGAUUGUUGCAUUUAUAAUUUGCUAUCUUAUUGAAAAUAAAUAAAUAAAAAAGCUCCUGCACUACAAAUAUAGGGCAGAAAUACACCCAGACACUGAACAGCAUGUAAAAGCAGCUGCUAAUCAGUUGAGAUAAAAAAAAAAAAUAAUGCAAAAUUUGUAUUAGAAGUAUUAGUUUACAAACGAAAUACUUUGAAACAUGACACGUAUUUUUGCUAAUUUAAUUCUAUAUAAUGUUUAGCGAGAUAUUCACUUGCAUUACUAACUUGUUUAUAUAAACUCUGUCUGGCAAUUGCCAAAUGAUGUUGUUUCUGAAUGUGAUUUAUACUUUUCUUUUUUUCUUUUUUUUUUUAUUGGACUUGUUUAUUUGUUUUUUCAUUAAGCUUACUUCCCACUCAGGAAGCUACAUCACUCUGAUUUGGUGCUUCAAUAAAUGUUAAGACCAUUUUUAGGUGCCUAGCAGUCAGUGUGGGAGAUUCCUGUAAGGUAACAAACCAUUGUCCUCCCUGACACUAUGUGUCAGGCAAAUUACUCUUCCAUUUAUUAAUUAAGCCCGCGUGCACUUUAAUCUUGCAUUGGAUUGCUCAGAUAGCCCCAAAAAACUGCUGGAGUAUUGUUGACUGCCCGUGAAUCGAGUAGGGUUUCCAUGUGGCUGGUUGAUCUGGUUGUUUGGUUGGCUGCCUUUGUUUGUUUCCUUGCUUUUGGAAGCUUUGAUCUUUUGUUGAAGAUCUGAGGAUUUAUUUAUUUAUUUAAGUUUUUCUCUAUUAGAGGGUGCCUGAUAAUUUUACAAUAUUACAAAAUUUUACAAAAGACAUCCCCACUUUUCCUCGGGUGGCCCUAAUCCUCUUCCAUAGUCAUGUGACCAUGUAAUGCAAUUUGAGUUGGGUUUAAUUCUAAAAAGAAAUGGGUCAACAUAGCUGAGAAGAUGGUUUCCCACAGGUUUAGUUUUGUGUGUGUGCUUGUGUGUGCACAUUUUCUUAAAAGACUUAUUUGGUGACAAAGAAACUGAGAAAUAUAAUCAGCUACCUCACGAUUAUCACAGCUUUCUCCAGAGCAUAGAAAAGACUUCCAUCAUUGGUUCCAGCUCAAACAGCAAGUUCAGUUCGUCCGAUGGCGAGACUCUAACCUUUCUACAGAGGCAGCCAAGUUAAAUUAAAGAUGGCGGCCCAGCCAGGGAAUCAAAAUAAUGAGUAGAGUAGGGCAGUGACUAAACUUUCAAAAUAAGAGCAAGGGGAAUAACUGCUGAUUACCGAGAACUUUGUUCUUUCAGACAAGUUGAAAAAAAAUUGAAAUAAAAAUGAGACAGAAUAUGCAUGAGGAUCUGUUAAUUUCCAGUGGUGGCUGGAAAUAGGCUGGCCAGGUAAAGACUACACUGGUGUGAUGGCGUUGGGUAUCCAGCAUCUCUUACACCUUUGUCAGGUGUGCGUGUGUGUGUGUGUGUGUGUGUGUGCGCGCAUGUGUGUCAAGUGAACUAAAGUCAUUGCUCAUCAGAUUUUUCUUUUUAGCUUUACUUGUUAGCAUAUGGCGUUUGUGUCAGAGCACCAUUUAGCAAAAAGCUGUGUGUGUGUGUGUGUGCGUGCGCGUAUGUGUGUUUAUACUGUGUGUGUAGCUAACUGCUUUAUUCAGUAUAACUGUGCUUAAAAAUGUGUCUCUUAUGUUGUUUUUCUGCUUUGUUUCUGUGUUUGUUUGUGUUCUGCAUGCUAAACUUGGCUUAAUCCGGACUUGUGCUUUUUGCAACAGCUGGCCCAGCUGCAGAAGGAGAAGUCAGAGAUUCUGAAGAACCUGGCUCUCUAUUAUUUUACCUUUGUCGAUGUCAUGGAAUUCAAGGAUCAUGUGUGUGAGCUGCUGAACACCAUCGAUGCCUGCCAGGUCUUCUUUGACAUUACGGUGAAUUUUGACCUGACUAAGAACUACCUGGAUCUGGUGGUAACAUACACUACUCUGAUGAUAAUACUUUCUCGCAUAGAGGAGAGGAAAGCCAUCAUAGGGCUUUACAACUAUGCCCAUGAGAUGACGCAUGGAGCCAGUGACCGGGAGUACCCCAGGUUGGGCCAAAUGAUUGUGGAUUAUGAGAACCCUUUGAAGAAGAUGAUGGAGGAGUUUGUUCCACAUGGAAAGUCCCUGUCAGAUGCGUUGGUCAGCCUUCAGAUGGUCUAUCCCAGGAGGAAUCUGUCAGCUGACCAGUGGAGGAACGCCCAGCUGCUUUCUCUCAUCUCUGCUCCCUCCACAAUGCUCAAUCCUGCUCAGUCUGACACUAUGCCCUGUGAAUACCUGUCACUGGACACAAUGGAAAAGUGGAUUGUUUUUGGUUUCAUCCUGUGUCAUGUGGCGCUGAAUAGCGACGCAGCAGCGCUGUCUUUGUGGAAGUUGGCUCUGCAGAGCUCCACCUGUCUCUGUCUGUUCAGGGAUGAAGUUUUCCACAUCCACAAGGCUGCUGAGGACCUUUUUGUGAACAUCAGAGGGUACAACAAACGCAUCAAUGACAUCAGGGAGUGCAAAGAACAGGCCCUGUCUCAUGCAGGCUCCAUGCACAGAGAGAGGCGCAAGUUCCUCAGAUCAGCUCUGAAAGAGCUGGCCACUGUUUUAGCUGACCAACCUGGACUGCUUGGUCCAAAGGCGCUGUUUGUGUUCAUGGCGCUGUCAUUCGCCCGUGAUGAGAUCAUCUGGCUGCUUCGACACGCAGACAACAUCCAGAAGAAAAGCACAGAUGAUUUCAUAGACAAACACAUAGCUGAGCUGAUCUUCUACAUGGAGGAGCUCAGAGCUCAUGUCAGGAAGUAUGGGCCUGUGAUGCAGCGAUACUACGUCCAGUACCUGUCUGGGUUUGAUGCUGUGGUGCUGAAUGAACUGGUUCAGAACCUGUCUGUGUGUCCAGAGGAUGAAUCUAUAAUCAUGUCUUCAUUUGUCAACACCAUGACUUCUCUCAGUGUUAAACAAGUGGAGGAUGGAGAAGUGUUUGACUUCAGAGGCAUGAGACUGGAUUGGUUCAGACUGCAGGCCUACACAAGUGUCUCUAAAGCCAGUCUCGGUUUAGCCGAUCACAAAGAGCUCGGUAAAAUGAUGAACACCAUCAUCUUCCACACAAAGAUGGUGGACUCUCUGGUGGAGAUGCUUGUGGAGACAUCAGACCUGUCUAUUUUCUGCUUCUACAGCCGUGCAUUUGAGAAGAUGUUUCAGCAGUGCUUGGAGCUUCCCUCCCAGAGCCGCCACUCAGUCUGUUUCCCUCUGCUUUGUACACACUUCAUGUCCUGUACACAUGAGCUCUGUCCCGAGGAGCGUCACCACAUAGGGGAUCGAAGCCUGUCGUUGUGCAACAUGUUUUUGGACGAAAUGGCCAAACAGGCCAGAAACCUGAUCACCGACAUCUGCACCGAGCAGUGUACACUCAGUGACCAGCUGCUUCCCAAGCACUGCGCAAAAACCAUCAGCCAAGCUGUGAACAAGAAGAGCAAGAAGGCGACGGGGAAGAAAGGCGAGCCGGAGAGGGAGAAACCAGGCGUGGAGAGCAUGAGGAAGAACAGACUGCUGGUCACCAAUCUGGAUAAACUCCACACCGCCUUAUCUGAACUCUGCUUCUCCAUCAACUACGUUCCCAACCUGAUUGUGUGGGAGCACACUUUCACACCGAGGGAGUACCUCACCUCGCACCUGGAGAUCCGAUUUACCAAGUCCAUAGUGGGGAUGACCAUGUACAACCAGGCUACUCAGGAGAUAGCCAAGCCCAGCGAGCUGCUGACGAGCGUCCGAGCAUACAUGACCGUGCUGCAGUCCAUAGAGAACUACGUCACCAUCGACAUCACACGAGUUUUCAACAACGUCCUCCUGCAGCAGACGCAGCACCUGGACAGCCACGGAGAGCCCACCAUCACCAGUUUAUACACAAACUGGUACUUGGAAACGUUGCUCCGCCAGGUCAGUAACGGACACAUCGCCUACUUCCCCGCCAUGAAGGCUUUCGUCAACCUGCCCACUGAGAACGAACUAACUUUCAAUGCUGAAGAAUACUCUGAUAUCUCUGAGAUGCGUUCCCUGUCAGAGCUCUUGGGCCCGUAUGGUAUGAAGUUUCUUAGUGAGAGCCUGAUGUGGCACAUCUCAUCUCAGGUUGCUGAGCUGAAGAAACUGGUGGUAGAAAACAUGGAGGUGUUGACCCAGAUGAGGACGAGCUUUGACAAACCAGACCACAUGGCUGCGCUCUUCAAGAAACUCACCUCUGUGGACAGUGUUUUGAAGAGAAUGACCAUCAUUGGGGUCAUUUUGUCCUUCCGCUCGCUCGCUCAGGAGGCUCUGAGAGACGUUUUGUCCUGUCACAUUCCUUUCCUGGUCAGCUCAGUGGAGGAUUUCAAGGACCACAUUCCCCGAGAGACGGACAUGAAGGUGGCCAUGAACGUUUACGAGCUGUCCUCAGCAGCAGGUUUACCCUGUGAGAUCGACCCAGCUCUGGUGGUGGCUCUGUCCUCUCAAAAGAGCGAGAACAUCAGCCCAGAGGAGGAGUAUAAGAUCGCCUGUCUGCUGAUGGUCUUUGUGGCAGUUUCGUUGCCAACACUUGCCAGCAACGUGAUGUCGCAGUACAGCCCAGCCAUCGAAGGCCACUGUAACAACAUCCACUGCCUGGCCAAAGCAAUCAACCAGAUCGCUGCUGCUCUCUUCACCAUCCACAAGGGAAGCAUAGAGGACCGCCUCAAAGAGUUCCUGGCUCUGGCCUCAUCCAGCCUGCUGAAGAUCGGUCAGGAAACGGACAAGAUGACGACACGUAACAGAGAAUCUGUCUACCUGCUGCUGGACAUGAUUGUGCAGGAGUCUCCCUUCCUCACCAUGGACCUGCUGGAGUCCUGUUUCCCUUACGUCCUGUUGCGAAACGCCUACCACGCCGUCUACAAACAGAGCAUCAGCGCUAAUGCAUAGACACACACACAGACACUAACCACACAAAGGCAUACCUUAUAGUCUGCUAUUGAAUGGGGGUACAGACAAAACAAAUACACACUACCAGAGUACACAAAAUCCAAACUAAACACACUAAUCUAUGCCUACAAAGCCUCAGCGUGUUCGGACAAAAAAGCAACACUGUCGGCAUUUAACACUAAACGCGUAGCAUUGAAAGCAAAUCCACUCAAAAUAUAAGAAGAGCGUAUGAAACACAAGUGCUCAAAUUAAAAAGAGGAGGG